AUGCCUCGGGUUGCUCAAGUUCCUCGCGCCAGAGGCGUCAAAUCGACGUCUGAUUCUAUGUCAGCGUCGCCCUUCAAAUCCCCCGUAAAGAUCCCUUUAAACGACGAUGCGCACGAGAGAGGACAACGAAUGCAUUCACGAAAGGCUCUACACGAAAAACAGAUCAAUGAGAUCAAAGCAGCGGCGACGCCACGCAAAACCAGUCUGAGGCUGGAUGACAUUGAAAAUGCGUCGCCAGGCUCUGCCCUCGGCACCCCUCGAGGGGGCCGGGUAGGCGAGAUCACCGAAGAGGUCAUGGUCGGAGGCGUGUCGGUGACGCCUAUCAAACGAGUCCCAAUUCUGGCCAACUUUGAAGAGUGGAUGAAGAUGGCAACAGACAACAAAAUCAACGCCACCAACUCGUGGAAUUUCGCGCUAAUCGACUACUUUCACGACAUGUCCUUGCUGAAAGAGGGAGAUGGUGUCAAUUUCCAGAAAGCCAGUUGUACCUUGGACGGAUGUGUCAAGAUUUACACAAACAGAGUCGACAGUGUGGCUACUGAAACCGGCAAACUGCUGAGUGGUCUGGCUGAUAGCAGUAACAAGAAGAAGGGGCGCGAUGGGGAGGAUGCGGAGGGCGAUGAGAGCGAAGAUGAGUUGGAUGAGGAUGGAAAUCCCAAGAAAAAACCCAAGAAAAAGACACAAAGAUCAUCAGAGGCCACACUAGCGCCAUCCUUCAGCGCGCUGCAACUGAAAAAGUUUGAGCUUGAGUUCACUGUCGAUCCUCUUUUCAAAAAGGCUUCAGCGGAUUUCGAUGAAGGUGGUGCCAAGGGUUUGCUGCUCAACCAUCUCAUGAUUGACGCCCAGGGUCGGAUUGUUUUCGAUAGCAGCGACGACUCGGGUGAUGUUGCGCCAGUUGACAAGAACGAAGAUGAUGAGAUGGAAGGCGGAGACACAGAUGCUGACGAAGCCGAUAUUACGGCUCAGCUCGAAGAGAGACCAGUAGAAGAGGUUCCAGAAGAAGAUGAAGAGCCGACAGUGGAGAUUGAUCUCGCGUCCCUUGGUCAGAGAUUUCUGCCGCCCUUGAACCAACUUGACGAGCUCGACGUGUGCCCGUCUCUCAAGAACUUUGAUCUCGGAGACCCUUCAGGUUCGAUGGAUAUCCCCUUCCUAAGAGCUCCGGAGGACUGGAGAGAGCAAGACAAGAAUCAUGCAGUAGGGGAUCAUUCUGGCAUGCUUAUCGACGAUGAUGCUCCUAUCGGAUUUGACGAUGACGACCUCGGCCUUGGCAGCUUUGACAUUGGUGGCGAUGUUGCUUUCGGUGAGGGUGGUGAGGCCUGGGCUCGUGAUGCAGCUCUUGCGCCCCAAAUGCGGAUAUACGACGGAGGAAUGGGCGAGGAUGGUGCUGAUGGCGAUGGCUUCGACGAUAAUGGCGAAUACAUUGUUUCCAUGGUUAAACCUCAAAAUGCUGAUAAGAUGCAUGAGGAUAUCCUUGGCUUCUUUGAUCAAGCCCUGCAGAAGAACUGGAGCAGCGCCGAGCAUUGGCGAAUCCGCAAAAUCAAGGAUGCCAACAAGCCAACCAGCGAGACGAAGAAGCGCAAGGAGAAGGAACCAUUUGAAAUUGACUUUGCAUCCCCGCUUGAAUCAACCGUCGCAGAUAUAAUCCACACGCAGGCCUCCAGCAAUUCAGCCAUCAGCAUGCCAAAGAAGGACUGGAAGUCCAAGUCCAGGAAUCUCCUUCCAGAUGAUAAGCAUUUCAGCUCCAAGUCACUUCUGAGCCUCUUCCUCAAGCCAAAGGCUCGACUAUCAAAACGCAGAAUCAUGGGUGGUGGUUUUGGCCCUCACAUGGGCUAUGGUCAAGACCAACAGGACGACAAUCAACAGAUCGAGAUGGACGAGGCUUUCUGGGCGAAGCAAAAAGGCCCUGAGGACACCGUGCUUCCCGAAGGCGACUACGAUGCCAAUUUCUUCCAAGACGACGGCUUGCCUUUCCCUGGCGGUGAUGACGCUGAUGAUGAUGAUCUCGAGUUUGCCGAUGCUCGCGAACACUUGUCGCCUGACGGGGAUCCAGGCAUGACGGAAGCUGGGGGCAUGACUGCCUUGCUGGGAGGAGAGACAUUCACGAAUGCGGCUUUUGGCCAUACCCUCGUGACGUCAACGAGAAGAAUACGGCCAGAAUACGUCAAUUAUGCUCGAAAAGCCACAAAGGUUGAUGUGCGGCGCUUAAUGACAGAAAUAUGGAAAGGCAUGGCCUUUGACCAUCUCAAUGUAAGUUUUAGUCCUGUUUCAGCAGCCCGGUCACGUCACGUCCUCUUUUACCUCUUUUACCUCUUUUACCUCUUUUACCUCUUUUACCUCUUUUACCUCUUUUACCUCUUUUACCCCUCAGUUGCUAACAACCCUACGCAGGACUCGCCCAAGGAGAGACUAUCCAUGGCAGCUGUCCCCGAAUCAGAGGAGAAACCAGUGCCUUCAGAAAACGACCCAACGCUCAACUUUACCGAAGUCAUGAAUGGCUUAAAAUCAGUGUACCCCAAGACAGCCAUGAAGGAUAUCUCAACUUCAUACUGCUUUAUAUCCCUACUACACUUGGCAAAUGAAAAGGGUUUGGUGAUUGAUAAAUCAGAAAACUUGGAAGAACUGAAGAUCCGCAAGGAUUGGACGGCCAAGGUAACUGAGGGAGGGGAGUAG